AUGCUCUUCCGACUCGUAACACCAUCCGUAUGGGUGUUACUCAUAUGGCUCUUCUCAAACUUCAAUGCAUUCUGCUCCGCAGUUCUGUACAACAGUUUCAGUGAUCUUCCAUCGAAGACUUAUGAUUUUAUCAUUAUUGGAGGAGGGACUGCUGGAAACGUUCUUGCAAACAGGCUCACGGAAAAUGAGGACUGGUCUGUGCUUGUCCUUGAAGCCGGUGGAACGAACAUUGAUGCAUUCGAAAUCGACGUACCUUUCUUUUCGCUCAAUAUCAAGCCCCAGUAUGAUUGGAACUACACAUCUACCAUACAGAGCGGCUUGAACAACCGUACCAUCCCUAUACUGAGAGGCUUUAUUCUUGGAGGAUGUAGUUCUGUCAAUGGAAUGUUCUACACUCGUGGGUCUGCGGAUGAUUAUAAUCGUUUUGCGGCAGUUACUGAGGACGAGGGAUGGUCUUGGGACAAUAUACAGCCUUUUCUUGCGCGGAAUGAACGAUUUGAACCUCCUGCUGACCGACACAACACCUCUGGUCAAUUCAAUCCUCUCGUACACAGUUUCAGCGGAGUGAAUGCGGUCUCUCUCCCCGGAUUCCCCACGAAUAUCGACUCAAUGGUUUUUGAUGCUGUCGAUGAACUCGGAGGGAUUUUUCAUUACAACGAGGAUGUGAACUCAGGAAUGCCUCUAGGUUUCGGUUGGCUUCAGAAGACUGUAACCUCACAAGGUCGACGAAGUAGCUCUGCUACAUCGUACCUAGCACCUGAGUUUAUUUCACGACCAAAUUUGGAUGUUCUCCUUAAUGCUCGAGUCGCCCGGAUACUUCCAAAUGCCUCAUUAACUGAACGCUCUACAUCUGGCUUGGCAUUUCGCACCGUUGAAUUUGCACAUGAUCUAGACGGCCCUCGUCAGCGAGUGAGUGCCGCAAAAGAAGUCAUUCUUUCUGCUGGAGUUAUAGGUUCUCCCCAAAUCCUUCUCAAUUCCGGAAUCGGCAACUCCACGACGCUGUUCGACCUCGGUAUAACUCCCCUUGUAAAUCUCCCCAGUGUCGGACAAAAUCUUACUGACCAACCAAGCAUAUCAAAUGAAUUCCUCGUCAAUACCACGCAAACAUUUGAUGAUCUCAAAAGGAAUGCAACUCUAUUGAAUGAGGUAUACACAGAAUUCAACAAAAGUGGGAUGGGUCCGCUGGUGGAUACUGGAGGAAAUCAAAUUUCCUUCUUCAGAGUAAAUGAGAGUUUGACAGAUAUUUAUGGUGAUCCCUCAUCUGGGAAAAACUCACCACAUCUAGAGAUGGUACCUGGGAACGGAUUUUUCCUCACACCUCCGGCUACUGGCCACUAUCUCUCAAUGAGCAUUGUGGUUGUUAGUCCAGCUUCCCGCGGCUCCGUCACAAUCAAUAGCACCAAUCCCUUUGCACCUCCUCUCAUUGACCCGGGCUAUCUCACCUCACCAUUCGACCUAGCCGCCAUGCGCCAAGCACUCGAAAUCAUGUUCCAAUACCUGUCAGCACCAAUUUGGGAUGGUUAUAUUCUAUCUGCUUUCGGUACACUUGCCAAUAUCACUUCGCUCUCUGAUGACAACACACUGAAUACAUACAUCCGGGAAUUUUCAUCUUCAACUGCUCAUCCUGUGGGCACCGCUGCGAUGAGUGCUAAGGGAGCAGAUUAUGGAGUUGUUGAUCCAGACUUAAGAGUGAAAGGAGUUGUUGGGCUAAGAAUUGUUGAUGCUUCUGUUUUUAUGACUGGUUCUGAUGAAGAAAGGACUCACAGCCUUUUAUUACAAGUGCGCACACCCAGGUCCCGACGUAUGUUAUUGCAGAAAGAGCUGCAGCCAUGGUUAAAUCUGUCUGGUCAUAGGGAGCUCUGA